AUGCACGAGCUACUGAAGCAUGUGCUCAUGGAGCGGGACCUCACCCGCGCCGGGGACAUCUUCGCCAUUCCAGAUGCUGACAUUGUUGACGAUUUAAACGAAGUGCUGAAACAAAUAACAGAGAUUUCAUCCAGACCAGAUUACUGUCGAAAUGAUAGAGAUCAAGCUCUUAUAGAGAUAUGUGUUGCAAGAGUCACAUCAUGUGUGAAGGAGACGGGGACUCUGGAUAAGUACUGCCGAUCUUUAGUGGAGCUGCUAGAGUCCUGCCUACACCAUAAUCUUAUGCCAAUUGGCCAUCUACGGGAUGAUGAUCCACCUCAUGCUAAGAUUGCCUCUGAUAUAAUAGCAUGCAUUGUUUUGGUAUCUUUCCCAGUGCAGUCUGACAAAGAACACUAUAGCAACAAGAGUGUGAUGGAACUGUUUCUACCGGUUGCCGUCCAGUUCUUACAUAAAGGCAAUCGAGAGAUUUCGAGACACAUGGCGCGGUAUCUAUCCCUCGCCGCCGUACAUCACGCCGUGUUGUUGAAACCUCAUGUACAAACUAUUAUGGACUCUAUCAUGUCUGAUCAGGGUCGCGUGCGUCUUUGGAGCGUCGUCGUUUUUCCAGCGGCCGCGCACCGUCAACGCGGCGCUGGCGAAGCGGUGCCGCGACGUCAACGCUCAACAGCUAUCGAACGCUGGAUUACACAGCGCUGGCGUCCGGUUGACGGCAAUAGGCUCGACGAAAAUGAUAGUAACUACCCUCUCUGUCGCAUCCUAACGAACCUGUAUGAAGUAUCGCCAGACCCUCUCGAAGGUCACGCCUCAGCACUGGUAUCACUCCUGCCACACGCUGAGCCCGUAGAGAAGAAUUCUCUGUUCACUUUGUUCGAACAUAUCGCCGUGCGCAAGCCAGACGCUUUAAAGAACUGUGUGCCGCAACUUCUGUCAUACCUCUGUCCGAACACCGCCAGUACUAAUGAUCCUGGAUGUAUGUGCGUCGACAUAUUACAGGUGAUCAGCUGCGUGUCGCGCAGCCGCGUGUCGCUGGUGGUGGAGCACGCGGCGGCCGUGCGGCGCGGCGCGCGCGCCCCGCACGCGCACCCGCACGCCGUCACGCUCGUCGCCAACAUACUCACGCAGCUCGGAUACACCGCCAGGGAGCGUGCCCAAGAAGCGCUGAACUUCGUGGUGGAACGCUUGAGUAAUGGUGGCGGGGAGCGUGCACAGCAGGCUGCACUACUGCGGGACGCCACCUCUCUCUGCAGCGCCUACCCCGCGCUCUUCACCGACAAACUGCUCACCGCCGUCAGGGCCAACCAGAGCAGUCGACCUAAAUCCGGGUCGAGUCAGGGCGAAGUAAAUCGCACAUCGACCGGGGUCACCAUCGUGAGACUGGGAGGAACACAAGGGACGAACAAUCCAGUCAGUGGACACACACCGGCUGUCAAUAUGACAUCGACGUCAGGGAGUACAGCGGGUACAACGGCCGCCCAUACAGGUCCCACGGGUGGGACUACGGGAGGGAGUGGGACUACGGGUGCGGUAAGCGGUGGAUACGCUCGACGAGCGAAGUUAGGGGACUCGAGAAGUACUGGGAGACUGCAUCCAGGACCAGCACCACAUCGAAGCAUGACGAGGCUUAAUGUUGCAGGUGGGUCAGUGGGUGGUUUACAUAAAAGUAUGACACGCCUUUCGUCGUCGCAGCAAAUCAACACGCCUCCUAAUGGCACCACUAAUACAGCAUCGAGUAGCAAACCGUCAUUAGCGUCGAGUGGUGCAGUUGGCAGUGGCAAGUCGAGUGGCGCCAUCACCGUCACUACCAUCUCCCCACCACGAGUGUUAAGACCCACCAGCAGGUCUCACCACCACCAUAACAUCAUCAUUGGACCUUCAACUUCCACUAACACUGGUCAAACAAUUUUAUCCGGACCAUCAACACUACAUCCGCAAGCAAUAUCCGUAAAUCCACUCACAUCAGGCAAAUCUUCAGAUGCUUUAACACCGAUCACUUCAUCUGUAUCCAUCCAACACUCAAGCACAGCACUAGGCAACGUAUCCGUAAUUACAUCAGGAGCUAAUACAAAUACUUCCUCCGGACCUAUAAAUACUCCAAAUUCUAAUCCGAUAUCUAUAUCGGGGCCAGUGACAGUAACUUCUCGGCGCGCCAAUAAUACGAGUGUUACAAUGAUCAAUACAAAUUCAAAUAAUAAUUCGAACUCGAAUCACAGGAUCAGUGUGUUCGAGCCUUACCCCAUGCGGGAUACAGUACAACAUUUCUGUGAGAAACAUUUGGAUAAGAUCAAGGCGUAUAUGGACAAUGUGUCGCUAAGAUUGCCACCCCCAGCCAAGUGCACUAUUGAAGAGCGUCGCAGCAAGAAGCAGGCGCGGCUGCAGUUCGCGUGCGGCCGGCGCGGGCCGCACUGCCUGUACGCGCGCGCGCUGUUCUCCAUGCGCACGCGCGCGCCCCGCGUGUGGAUCCACCUCAUGUUCCUGGCGCUGCAGGCGCGCCACGACGCCGCGCUGUCCAGCCGCGACCCCACCGUCGCCUCGCUCAAGCACUGCUGGGACAUACUCAAGUGCGAGAACAAGACCUUUCUCACGCUCGUCACCGGCGCCUUUCCUGGCAUCAAGGAACAAGAGAUGUUGCUGAAUGAAUUACGCGCGGCAGGGUUCUUCGACGUGUUCGAGGUGGUGGCGCGACGCAAUGACGGAGCUGCCUUGCCUCCCACACAGGCAACCUGGGGCUGCUUCUUAUGCACGCACCCUGAGCGUGCGGUGGGUUUCUUGGCAGCUGAUGGUGCACCCGUUAUAGAGGGACAACUCAAAGAGAAGAAGGGUCGGUGGAGACUCUUUAGGAGAUGGCGGACGAGGUACUUCACGUUAUCUGGGGCACACUUGUCCUGUAAGGGUUCCAGUGGCGGCGAGAGUAUUGACAUCAAUCAAAUCCGCUCGGUCAAAGUGUCAAGAGGCGCACGCAAUAUUCCCAAAGCCUUCGAGAUCUUCACGGGUGACCAGACGCUCAUCCUCAAGCCGAAGGAUGGUAAGAACGCCGAAGAAUGGGUUCAGUGCCUCAGUAUAGCAGUAGCUCACUCACAAGCAAGAGAUACACCAGCUAAGGCCAACAGUCUCCCGGCAAGAGGACUAACUCUCAAGAGCUUCUAG